AUGCUGACAGGCACGAUAGGCAAAGCAGGUUACACGUCAACCCGUCUUAAAGAAGACUUUUCCCGCAUAAUCAGCAGCGCAACAGCCCCAGAGGCAGCACCAACCCUCCUCUUCACCAUCUUCCUCGGUGCAAACGACGCCUGCUUCAUCGGAGAGAAGGAGUAUGUUCCCUGGCCCACCUUUUCAGCAAACAUACGGGAGUUCCUCGACACCAUCCUCACGGAGCAGGCUAUGGAGAACACAAAGAUAGUUCUGAUCACGCCCCCACCCAUCAAUGGGUCUGUGGUAGAUACUGGCGAAAGCAGGUCUGCAAGAGAAAUACAGGAGAUCAAUGAGUCACGAAAGGAAGGACCAAGGUACAAGACUUACAUGAGUAAGAAGAGGUAUGCAGAUGGGCUUAUGCAGAUCGCGAAAGAGUACGAAGAGACGGGCAGAGUUGUUGGCCUCAACUACUGGCAGCACAUGGUGGAUGCAGUCAUUGCAGAAGAAGGAUGGGAGUACGAUCAGGAAGUGCCACCGGGAUGCGGCCUAUUGGGCGCAAAGACGUUCCCAGCGGGCUGGUUUACGGACGGGCUGCAUCUCAAUGUCAAGGGAUACGGAGUGCUGAACAAGGAACUGUACGAGCUGGUGACGGCAAAGUGGCCAGAGUUAGCAGCCGAGAAGUUGUAA